AUGAGUGCGCCCCCAAAGGCUGAAGACUUACGAGGAUGGCUGAAGCGCAAGGGAGGACGUAUGAAGACUUGGUCCCGUCGUUGGUGCGUCCUGACAGACAAGUUCCUGUUCAUAUUUCUGCGGGAAGAUGAUCGGAGAAGUCAGGACUGUAUAACCCUCAGUGGGCAGCUCAUCGUGGAGCCACCUGCUGAUCCUGCAGAUACUUGCCGUGGUUAUUUUGACAUUGUCACUGAGUAUGGCAGAGGAAUCACAGAGACACUCUCGUUAUGUGCAGAAACAGAGGAAGACAAGAAUGUCUGGAUGAGAGCGUUGAAGAGAGCAUUAUAUGCAGACAAGGGAGGAGCCUUGUUCUGCCAGUCCCUUGAAGAAAUCUUGUACUGGGAGCGUCUUGCCGGUCGACAUAUACCAUACAUUGUCGAUGAAUGUGUUGAGUAUCUGUACAAAUAUGGGCUGGAUGUCGAGGGCAUAUUUAGAUUACCUGGACGCCAGUCAGCAGCUAAAGAUAUCAUCAGCAGAUUUGAGCGUGGACAGAAGAUCACAUUUGAGGAGGAAGGCACCGAUGUUCACGUGGUUGCAUCCGUUCUGAAAGCAUUUCUGAGAAGUCUUCCAGAUUCUCUCAUUCCUUGUCACUUAUUUCAGAAGUUCAUGAACAUUGCUUUGCGUUUCACUGAAGCAAAAGAUGAAAUUUCCAGAAACAUUUCUGUACAGGAGUUAGCAGACGCAUUGAAACUUCUUUCAAAGGACAGUUACACCAUAUUGAAAUACAUAUGCCGAUUCCUUCAAGUGGUUGGACAACAUGAACCAACCAAUAAAAUGUCCAUGAUGAGUCUCGGAACUGUGUUCAGUUAUAAUAUUCUUCGCCAUAUUGACAAGGAGAACAACUACCUGUUUCUCCUGACAGCAGAUCUUGGCCAGAACCUUGUCUACAUGCUGCUGAAAUAUUAUGCACAGGUCUUUUCACAAGAGCACAGGGACAAGGAAGAAUCAGAACAUGAACACUGUGGUAAAGACCUGUUGCGCAUGUCAAAUCCAGUUGAUACUCCUGUGAUUUUACCAAGCAUCUGUUCAUCUCUGUGUACUGAUCAAGCACUCCAAAGUACUGAAGUAUCCCGACGGGAAAACACAGGAUCAUAUGAGGUGUGCAAAAUCAGUGAUGAUAACAUGUGGCCUUCUGGGAAAGAUAAAACAGUUGAUGAGCUUGAUGAAGGUGCUGCAGGCAAAACAUGUUUGUCUAUCCUUGGAUCAAAAAGCCAACAUUUGGAAAGAAAAAGUCUGCAUUUAAAUUUGCUGAGCAUUGAAGGAACUAGUCUCACAGAGCAUGGGAUUGCACGUUCUCACAGCAGUUCAUCUCUGAGAGAAGUUUGUUCAGUCUCUCCAAGGAGGUUGAAGUCUAGAAUAGCCAGAAAUAGAUACUUAAGUGACAGAAGAAUACUUGGACCUAUAACCUUGGAUGCAGAUGAUUGGUUGCCUCGAGAUAGGCACUCUCCUGGCGGUGUCAACUCUGAGGAUGUUGUUAUUGCCCUUGCUCAAGCUCAGGCUUCUCCACAAACGCUUGAUUCACCUGGCUCUCAUAUCCCACGUGUUCAUUCUUGUCAUUCAUUCAGCUUAGACAUUGACCGUUCAUUUGAUAAUUCAGGACAAGUACUGGAUGAAUCUCCAGUUUUUGAACCAGAAGAAAAGGCAGGUCAAGUUUCAGGCAUUUCUGACCUUUUGAAGCAGGUAACCACACUUAGGGAAGAAUUAUCCCAGCAAAGAGAUAAUCACAGAGUUCAGAUUGCUGUCUUGAAAGCUCAGCUCAGCGAGAUGAUAGAGAAAUAUGAACAUAAGAUAGAAACAGUUCAGAAAAAUUACAAGUCACAAAUUAAAGAGCUGGAAAACAAGCUGUCAGAGGAGAAGAAAUCCUGUGCAGCCAUAAUUGCCGAAUCAGCAGAACUGCAAGAAAAGAUGAAGAAAUAUCAGAUGCUAUAUGGGGAGCUGUCGUGA